UAUUCCGACACGGGCGACAAAGUGUCCCUUUUUUUGGGGUUUCCCUCGGAAUUUGAUUCGUCGGAAAAUCAUGGAGAAGAAAAAAAGAGUAUAUUUAUAAUCUAGCCGAUUAGAGAUGCUCUCGUCAUCUCAACCUCCGUGAAAAAUGAUUCGCGGCGGAAGAAACUGCAUCACUUCCUCCCCUGCCUUCUCAAACGACGCAAAGAAGCUUCUUUUAUGCACUGCCAACUCCGUCUCCAUCUUCUCCGUCGCCACUGGCUUAAAGGUUGCUUCCCUGGAGGGUCACACAGCACCAGUGACGACUGUGAUUGUUGACCCCAUCCUCCCCGAAGACUGCUGGACGGCGUCGCUCGAUGGAAAGAUUCGUUUUUGGGACUUCUCCGUGCCGAGUCUUACGCUAGCAUUUGAUAUCCACCUUCCCAUUUACUCUAUGGUGAUGUUUACAUGUCGACCGUCACGUAGCCUGAUUGCUUAUGUUUCGGUUGAGGAGUACUCAAGUGUCUCCAAAGAUUUGUUUGGACAAAUCAGGAGAGUUAGUCUCUUGGAUGAGCCUCUUCUUAGUGGUGACACUUUAAAAGAGAUGGAAGAACCAAAAAGUAUUGUUAUGAGUCCAUCUGGAGAGUUUUUCGGCGUCUGUCACGGCUGCAAAAUACAUAUAUGGAGUACUUCUGUUGGGAAGAUGGCUAAGGGGACUACAUUACAUCACACACAGUUGAUUACUGUUUUUGCCUUUCAUCCCACUAAGAGAGUGUUAGCAGUGGGAGAUGCAACAGGAAGAGUGUUGAUUUGGAAGGAUAUUGGUGAUGUAAAACUUACUUCAGUGAAAAGUGAAGAUGCUGCUGAGUCUUCUUGCACUGCUUUUAACUGGCAUUCCGAUGAAGUGACCGUCCUUAACUUCUCUUCGGAUGGAGCAUCUUUGUAUUCUGGGAGUAAAGAAGGGGCUCUUGUUGUUUGGGAGCUAGAUACAGAGAAGAAGCAAGUUUUGCCAAUGAUGGAGUCUCCCUUGCUGUAUUUCAUCUCCUCUUCAGAUCCAACUCUUUCCUCUGCGAUUUGUGCAGAUAGUUAGAUUCAUAUUCUCAAAAUGCCUUCCAUGGAGAUAUUGAGAACGAUUCCUGGAAUCAAACCUCGGAUAUUAGAUCGCUUUGGAUUUAUAAGCUACGUCAAGACGAUGCUUAUCUCCCUCACCAGAACUGUGUCCAUUGAUCCCUCUUCCGGUAUAGCUGCUUUCUCCACAGCGAAUCACUGUGUUCAACUCUACAACCUCUUAAGUGACACUGAGGUUACAGAGAUUCAAGUUUGCAAGAGAGAUCAUCAACCAGAGGAUGAUGGAGUCCGGGUUGCAGUGACAGCAAUUGCUCUCUCCCGGAAUGGCUCACUGAUGACUACAGCUGAGGCCAGUUUUGCUGAAGGAAACCUCAGCGGAGGCUUAGUUUCUCUCAAGUUUUGGGUGUUUGUACCAGACAAGAAAACAUUCAGCAUAUCCACAGUCAUAAACCAACCUCACAGUGAAGCUGCUAUCACAGCUAUUGACCUUAACUCGCGCCAUUCCAUGGCUGUUAGUAUAUCUUCUGCUGGGGACUUCAAGACUUGGGUUUGCAAUAGUGACAAGAAUCUGACAGCAGAGGAUUCAAACUGGAUAUGUCAUGGAGUUGGCUCUUAUAAGAGAAAGCAAAUAACAGCUGCCACUUUUUGUCCUGAUGGUUCUCUUCUGGCUCUUGCGGCUACAACAGUUAUUACCAUCUGGAACCCGUUAACGACUGAACUCUUGUUUGUAUUUAGAAAGCUUCAUACGCCAGUUUUGCAACUCUCAUUCGCUGGAAUAGGCUUCCUUGUUGCUGCAUCCUGUUGUCCUCAUGCCCCGCCGCACUUAUCUGUCUAUGAUUUGAUGACGUUGGAUUUAUCAUGGUCAUAUAGAUUAUCCAUAGAAGCUAUUGCCACCAAAGAGAGGUCAUCAUACUUUGCAGUUUUAGCAUGGCUUCCGGAUUUGUCUGUAAAAGCUAACGAAGAGAUCUUUCGUGAAAGAUGUGGGAAAGAUGGAGCUAUCCUUUUGUUUGAUACGUCAUGCCCUAAACCGGUAGCUAUUUGGACUGUAAUGGAGGCCAGUGGAGGAUCGCUUUCAUUUGUGGAAGACAGUGAAAAGUCUCAGACGCUUCUUGCGUAUGUAAACAGGAGCAAUGAAUAUGUUCUUUUCGAUCCUUAUAGCGAUGAAACUCUUGAGACUAGCGCCAAGGAUUAUGAGGUUCUUCUUGAAGCAAUUAGCAAGAAGAGGAAGAGAUCAAGAAAGAAAACAUUGCUGGCGGAGAGACCUUGGGAGACCAAGUUUUGCGGUUCAACGCUCAGUAUCCCGCCUUUCAGGGACGCUUGCUCUGCUUUCUUUGCUUCCAAGAUGGGGAAAAAGAUUUGUGAGAGAGUAGAGAUGCAUCCUGAUAGCCAUAGCCUCUGAGAGUUCUCUACAUAUUUUGGAACCCUGACUAUAUUUUUUUUGUAAGAUAUCUGGUUCGGUCUCUUGCUGUAGUUUUGGUCUGUAGAAACUAGAAGGCCUGAUAGGGUUAUUUUUGGUGAGGUUCACUUAUGUGGAACAAGAUGUUUUGAGACAGUUUAGAUUAUAUUUAUUUUCCUGCCAAGUCAGUUUAAUCUAA